GGGCUUUAUCUCCCAGCUCGGGCAAGCUGCAUUUUGCUUAGCGGUUAGCCUUGAGUCUGAGCUUGGAGUUCGUCAUUCUCCAGUUCUCUGGAAGACAACUUACCAGCUUUUUGGCGCUCUUGCUUCCAGCUUUCCAGCUUGCACGGUUUGCGAUCGCGCUGCCCAGCCCCCCCCCACUGUGUUUAGCCAGCAGUCUAGAUGCGCCACGUCAUGGCGUCUCUCUACAGCCUGUUUGAGCAGGUGAUUGUGAUGCCCCUGGAGCACCUUGCUCAGACCUUUUGUGGGCGAGCACGCGGUGCUGCUGAGGUCCUUUGCUCCACCUUGAGCGAGGUACCUGGAGGGGAGCUGUUGGCAGGGGUUGCGCGUGAGGCCUUGGAUGCGCUUCUCCCUGCAGAGGAGAAGGCCCAGGCGGAGGGGCAGUGGAGGAUGGUGGGAGGGCUGGUGGAGCCAGAGGAGGAGGAGGGAGAGGUGGAGAGGGAGGAGGAGGAGAGGUUGGUGGUUGUGACUGAGGGUGUCCGAGAGGAGGAGGAUGCGUCAGAGUCUCCCCGGACAGACUGCGCAGAGGGUGAUUGCCAGCAGGCGCCCUCUGCAGAGCCCCUCCUCGACGUGGUUGACGCCUCCCCCGCCGAAGCCUCGGCGCCCGACCAGACGGAGCAGCGGGACACCGGCGCGGCGGAGGCGGACUCCACUGUCACUAGGGAGGAGGCAGACGACUGUGGCGCCCGGGAGGGGGACGCAGAUCGGUCUCCCGGCGCCUCCUGCGCAGAGGGUGGCUACCACGAGGCACCCUCUGCCGCGCCCCUCACUGAGGCGGCUGCAGACUCCCCCGCCGCUGCCCCUGCGCCCUUGCCGCUCCCUGCUUCGGACGUGGGGGUUAGGGCUUCUGAUGGGGAGAGGGCGGUGGCUGAGACAGUGGGGGCUGAUGAGGGCGAGGCAGAGGCGCUGUCUCAUGGGGAGGCGCUGCUGCUCAGGGGGGUGCUGGUAGAGACUGCGGGUGUGGAGGGGGUGGGGCCGAGGGAGGAGAGUGUCAUGCUGCAGGACCAGGAUCUAGUACAGGCCGCCAGGAUCGCUCCGCGCUUUCCCCCCCAGUACUCAUCCCUGGCUAGGGUCCUGGACUUCUACCCACAUGUCAUGAUGGGGACGGAGCUGGGCAAGGGCGGGCAGGGGACGGUGCACCUGGCGGACGUGCUCUGCGCGAACAGGGGGCGCUUCCCGGUUGCCGCAAAGGUCCCCGCAGCGGGCCUCCCGGGGGACUACCUGCUGCAAGAGGCCCUCGUCUGUCUGGAGCUCCAGGGCUGCCCCAACGUGAUCCACCUCCUGGGCUUCACCGUCCAGCGGGGCACGUUCAUCCCGCUCUACGCGCUCGCGGACCCCUCCCCCGCCUGGACGCAGCCCGGAGCCGGGGCGCAGUGGACCCCCCCCCAGCUGUACCACAUCGCGGUGAUGGUCUACCAGGUCGCGCUGGGGCUGGAGGGGAUGCACGACCUGGGCUGGCUGCACGGCGAUCUCAAGGUUGAGAACAUCCUCUUCGACUUCCGCCGCGUCAUGCUGGCGGACUUCGGCAUCGCCGUUCGGGAGAGCGAGGCUGCCGCCAAGGGGGCGGGCGGCACCCUGGGUUACCUCUCCCCCGAGGUGUAUCUCCAUCGGUACCAGACGAAGCAGAGCGACGUCUACGCCUUGGGCGUGGUCAUCUGGGCGCUGGUUACUGGCAGCCGCCCCCACUACGGCUUCCGCGAUACCUUGAAGGGAAGGAGGCCACAGAAAGGAACGUAGGGAAGGAGGCUGGAACAAAGCUGUGGAAGGAAUUGAUAAACAAACACGGUGACAACGUCACAUUAAAGGCGAGAACACGUUCAGGAAACGGUUUACACUACUUUUUCUCGGCAAGCAAGACCGAAGGGCUUCUCAAUCCAUCAAACUUCUCGACAAUCUUUCACGAAGGUACCACAUGUGCGAUGGAUGGUCGUGGAAAGGAUGGAUUAGCUUUUGUAAGCCCCUCGAGUUACCAAGAUAACAAAGGCAGAACAUUUGGUUAUUCCUGGAUAGAAGGUGAUGAAACCACAUCACGAGUUGCUAUGCCGCCGUGGUUGGUUCGAUUCCUGAACAACACGUCAGCAAAGGCAGUCGGUGGUACAACGGGAAAUGUGAAGGUCAGCAAGACCCUCAGCAACUCGAAUACUAGCAAUAGGCCCAUCAGCUCGCCGCACGUGACAAUCCGUACAUGCAAGCUGAAGAAUCAACAGGGGGCUCGGACUUAAACAUGGAUUCUGUGACGGUUGGACAGGGUUCACACGC